ACGCUUUCAUCCCGGAAAUCCAGAGCAGAUCAGCUGUCCUAUUAAGCGGACGAUAUUGCGAUAUUCAACCCCACUGGACCCCUCCUCCACUCUAAGAAUCGAAUCUCUGCAUAGCAGAAGACAGCUCAAACACCGCAAAAAUGGACCUUCGGACGCCCACAACGGAGAAGACCUCCUUUCCAGCCUUCGAUAUUGUCUCUACCUACAGGACUAUUCUCGCCUCCGACCCCGAUCUCACCAUGCCUGUUGCCGCUAUCGAAGCUCUCGUGGAAGCCAUCGCCAACAGCACCGUAAACACCGUCGCAGAAACUCUCGACCUACUCACAUACCACACCGAGAUUCUCAAAUCCUCCAUACCGAAUCCCAUCUCACUCUCCGCCGGUACCGAUCUCUUCCAGCGAUAUCUUGUCACAACCCUAAACCGACCGGCAAGUCUGAAUCUGGGACCCGAGGAUGAUUUCCGCGCCAUUCGCAACCACUUGCUAUCGAACGGACGACUUUUCGUGGAGAGGGCAAAGGCUAGCAGGGAGAAGAUUGCGAGCUUCGGAAAACACUUCAUUCGAGAUGGUGCGACGGUGCUGACGAACGGUGGAUCUAGAGUGGUGGGCGCACUUUUGCGAAGGGCUGCCGACUCGAGCACGAUGAGGUUCAAGGUUAUCUAUGUGACUUCACCAGAGGACUGCUCGGAUGCACAGGGAGGCAACAAAAUCGUAGCUGAUCUGAGGGCACACAAUGUCCCUGUCGCUACCAUUCCAGAUUCUGCGGUGGCUUACUCUUUGGGCAAGGUUGAUAUGGUUAUUGUGGGCGCUGAAGGUGUAGUGGAGAACGGCGGUAUCAUCUCGCGGUUGGGUACCUACCAGAUGGGUCUUCUUGCAAAGAGCAAAGGAAAGCCAUUCUACGUCGUUGCCGAGAGCCACAAGUUCGUUAGGCUGUAUCCGCUGAGCCAGUUUGAUCUCCCUAUCGACCAAAAGGUUCUGGAUUUCAAGGUGGCAGAAGACGUGAAGAAGCCCAACGCUGAAAAGCUUACUGAGGACGAAGGCGUUGCAGAUCUGAAUACAUUCACGACUACCCAUCUGCGUGCGGCAGAUGCUGUAGAUUUCACGCCUCCUGAUUUAAUCUCUGGUAUCAUCACUGAAUCUGGUGUUUUGACACCGUCUGCCGUCUCUGAAGAGCUCAUCAAGAUCUGGUUCUAGACGCCUUUACCGUUAGCUCACGAAUGAUGACAUGCUUCUGGCUUCGCGGCGCCGCCUCUUUCACUACAUAUGAUCAAGACCCCGGAUACAUCUUGA